AUGUCAAUGGGUGCCAGAGGCUCAAAGCCUCUCAAUGCUAUCUGCCAGGUGACUUCGAUGCCGGAUAGAGAACACAACUGGACGACUUGUUCACAGCUGGUCCGAGAGGCAACUCGGAGGGAUGCUUGCAUUGUCUUCCUCCCGGAAGCCUUUGACUUCAUUGGCAGUUACAUGGAAGAGACCCUCAGCUUGGCAGAGCCCUUGGAGGGGGAUUAUCUUCAGCGCUAUGUCAGCCUGGCCAGGGAGUGGGCAGUGUGGCUGUCCCUUGGAGGUUUCCACGAGAGGGGCAAAGACUGGGAAAGCACGCAAUGGAUCUACAACUGCCACCUUCUUGUGGAUCCCAAAGGGUGUGUUGUGGCUACUUAUCGGAAGAUCCACCUGUUUGAUGUGGAGCUGGAAGGGAGGGUCUCUCUGAAGGAAAGCACCUUUACCAACCCCGGCUCAGAGAUAGUGCCACCUGUGCCCACCCCGGCUGGAAAGGUGGGGCUGGCCAUCUGCUAUGAUCUCCGUUUCCCAGAAAUGUCCCUGGCUCUGGCCCAGGCGGGGGCCGAGAUCCUCACCUACCCAUCAGCCUUCACUGCGACAACCGGUGCUGCCCACUGGGAGGUCCUGCUGCGAACCUGUACCAUAGAGACCCAGUGCUAUGUGGUGGCCGCGGCCCAGACUGGCCAGCACCACCCACGCUGCACCUCCUUCGGCCACAGCAUGGUGGUGGACCCUUGGGGCAGCAUCGUGGCCCAGUGCCAGGAGGGGCCCAGCCUCUGCUAUGCCGAAAUCGACCUGACCUACCUGCAUCACCUCCACCAGGAGAUGCCCGUCUUUGCCCACCGCCAGCCUCGCCUCUAUGGCCGGGCAGCUGCUGAAUGGGGCUUUGCGCCCCCUUGA